AUGGCUCGAUCAAAAGUGCGGCCAGAGUCCCGUCGACGCAUUGAACAAGCUUGCGAGGUCUGCAAGAAGUCGAAACGAAGGUGCGAUGGACGACGGCCCUACUGCUCAAGAUGCAUCCGCCAGCACAAGACCAAGAAUUGCGACUACCGUGACCAGCUGCUCCCGCACGGCGGACCAUCAUCCGCGCCAGGCACCUCCAGCAUCCGCAAAGCUGCGGAUGUCAGUCCUGAUGACGAUUCCCUUAGCACAACGGCUCCAUCAACAAGAACAACACGGCCCAGCCAUGCACAAGCAUCUUUGCUAAGCCCCUCGAACCAGUUGCCGAGCAUUGCAACGCCAUUGUCACAGCCCGAACAUUUGCACAACAGCCCGGAAAGUAACAAAUUUUAUAUUGGACCGUCUGGUCCGCUUUCUUUCCUACGCCUCUUGCGCGAGGCUCUUGCGCGACGCGAUGGCAAUUUCGAGCCUGAUGUUGGCGGAUUUGACGUGCUUUUUGAAGCUGAAGAACCCCACGGCUUUGGCGAUGAAUGGAAAGACCUACUCCUUUUCGACAAGCUGACCAAAUUUACUGAUCUCUUCUUUAUUGCUACCACUGGCGUUCUCCAUGUUAUUUCCAGAGAUGACCUCAUAGAGAAGAUUUCCCAGCUGUGUGACCAACAAGGCAACGACUUGUCACUGAUAUCGCCCAUGGUAGCUCUGCCCAUUGCCAUUGGCGCCCAAUCUCAAGUCCAGGACGAAACCAACCAGCGCUAUGCCAAGGCCUUCUCUCGUGCAGCAUAUCGUGCAAUCCGGUCUGAAUGUUUGCUUAUGCCCACUUUAAAGACAACACAGAUGUCAGUUUUGAUGGCCUUCUACCUGCUGACAGCUUACCGAAGGAAUGCCGCGUAUAUGUACUUGGGAAUUGCCGCCAGGGGUGCCCAUACUCUUGGUCUUCACCAUGUGUCAUUCUACAACAGCGAACAGGCAACGACAGCAAUGUCCUCACUGUCAUUGUGGAAAAGUAUUUGCGUUCUUGACGUGAUGGUAUCAUCACUGUUGGGAAGGCCGCCUGCUGUCGCUUUGUUCCGCCAACUUCCACGAGAGAUUGUUGUUAGAAGUGUACCUUGUUUCGACAUGGGAUACCUCGCUCUAGAAGCAUCAUUUCGAUUAGCCAAGAUUCUUCGGGAAAUAUUGGACCGUAUAUACAUCCAAAGGGAAACAUCUUUCGCCUUUGCUGAGCGGGUAUUACAGGAGCUUACAGACUGGAGACUCUCACUACCUCCCCAGCUACGUGUGCCAAUACCACAGGCUGGUGCCGUCCAGGGUGAAAUACCAGAUCAAGAUCGUCAAUCAGUCACAGCGAGUUUGAGGGUAGCACUUCUGUACUACCACGCCGUAAUGCUCACGACGCGACCCUUUCUCGUAGCAAAGGUUGGAAUGGCCUUGCGAGAAUCAUCGAAAAAGUCAUUGUCAGACAGCCGAUUGACAGAGCCCCAUCCAGGGGAUGAGUCAACCUCGCAAAAUCAUCUCUAUACUGCAUGCGUUGAUUCCGCUACCUAUAUGAGUGAGACGAUUCACAAUGCCGCAAAGACAAACAUACUCUUGCCAAACACAUGUUUUAUCAAAGUGUGGGCAUUUGAAGCUGCACUGACUCUAGGCUUCUCGCUGUUUAUCGAGCCGGAAAGAGCUUUCGAGACUAUGCCAACAUUUGAACUGGGCAUUGGUUUCUUGCGUGGUGAAUCUGCAUGCAGCCCAUAUGCCAAGCAGUAUUAUGAGAUUUUGAAAGAUGUUACAAAAGCUAUACGUUACCGGCACCAUUGCUGUGCCCAACAACGUCGACGCGCAACCACAUCAUAUGUCGAUCGGGUGGUAGAUUGCUCACCCGGAACAGAAGAACUGUUCGAUUCAUGGCAGGAAUUAAGAAAUGAUGCUCCAGUUAAUCAAGACAUGUCGGAAAUAUGCGAAAAUCUGGAGGAUUUGAUGGGAGAUUGGAAUGAGGAGUCUAUGGCUUUGUUCGCCCCCAACGCGGAGACUCCUUCUGGUAUCGGCACGUCACAACACGAGAAAUCUGAUAAACACCAAUCGGACAGCUCACAGACUAGCGCUCAAGAUCCCACAACAGAUAACGAGAGUUCUGUUGUUGCAGAAUCCUCGACACCCUUCUGCCAGAAUUCCGCAGCACACGGCACCAAACCCGUACAGGAGGUCUCCAACACGGAGGUUCCUCUCAAGCGCAAGAGGGUAGUCCUUCCGACCACGGUUACGGAUCUGUUACCAACAGUCUCAGACUACAAUCAAGAGCUCAUUGUUCCUCCCAGCACAAUACACCAUCUCUACGCCACAAUGACUCAAAUCAAAGACUCUGAGGUGAUUGCCCAUCGUGUUCAUGAACUGCUCCAUUAUUUUGGCAGGCAUUUUUUGAUUGGUCUCAUCCGCCAACGAGCUAGAGCAUUUGUUGCAGCCAAUGGCCCUAGUGUGCCACAAGAGUCUGAACAAGCGAACGAAAUGGUUCGGCUCAUGCGCAUUUACAACUACAACGAAAGUCCAAUCACCAAGCUACUUGCUUUUCAGGCGGCACUCGCAAUCUCAAGAAAGAUUGGCGAGAUGAUUGAGAAUUACGAGGCUGAGCCGGGCGCUGCUGGCAACCCCAACCACAAGGCAGUCGGCGACUGCUGUCGACGGUUUGCGAUCCUGGAGAGUCAGGAACUCAACGUGUUGGCCAGCAACCAAAUCAACACUGCGCCCGACGAAGCAAAGUGGAAGAGCGUGUACGAGUUGGGCAAGCGUCUGGAAAUGUUUGUUGACAUUUUUGCGGUCAAUGGAAACGGCAAGUCAUACUUUCCAUCUCUUCAAUCGUGGAUUUACUAA